GAUAGGGGGGAUUUAAGGCUCUUCCCCUCGGUCUUUACUCUCACCGUCUUUCUCCCCCUCACACUUUAUAUUUAAACAUAGUGAAGUGCAAUGCAUUAGGGGAGUCUUGGAGACAUAAUGGCUGUGCGCAGUUUAGGGAUAUUUUUUGGCUUUCUAACUGCUCUGGGGACUCUAACAAGCCUGGUGGUGUGUAAUGAGGAAUUGGAGCUGAUCAGCGACUUGUUCAAACGCUACAACAAGAACAUCCGUCCAGCAGUUCAUCCUGACGACAAAGUGCAGGUUAUGAUCAAGCUGACGCUGACUAACCUUAUCUCACUGAAUGAAAAAGAAGAGACUCUUACAACCAACGUAUGGAUUGAAAUUCAGUGGUCUGAUUAUCGCCUUGCCUGGAACGAAAGUAAUUAUCACGGCAUUCAAGUUAUCCGUGUCCCAUACAACACGGUUUGGCUCCCUGACAUAGUCCUGGAGAACAACAUUGAUGGCCAGUUUGAUGUGGCUUACUACGCUAAUGUCCUGAUCAGCAGCAACGGAUGGAUGUACUGGUUGCCUCCUGCUAUCUAUCGUAGCACAUGUGCAAUUGAAAUUACUUACUUCCCAUUUGACUAUCAAAACUGCACACUGGUAUUCAGGUCCCAGACUUACAGUGCCAAUGAGCUGGACCUGAUCUUGGCUGUUGAAAAUGAUGAAACAUUUGAAUGGGUGCACAUUGACCCUGCGGCUUUUACAGAAAAUGGUGAGUGGGCAAUAGUCCAUCGACCUGCCAAGAAGAUGAUCAACACGCGAUAUACCCCCGAUGACCUAGAGUAUCAGGAGAUCAUGUUCAACCUGAUCAUUCAACGGAAGCCACUGUUUUAUAUCAUCAACAUAAUCCUCCCCUGCUCUCUCAUCUCCUCACUGGUUGUACUGGCCUACUUCCUUCCUGCUCAAGCUGGGGGACAAAAGUUGACCAUCUCCAUUUCUGUCCUCCUGGCUCAGACUGUCUUCCUGUUUCUCAUUGCUCAAAAGGUCCCUGAGACAUCUCUCUCUGUCCCUCUAAUUGGAAAGUACCUCAUUUUUGUCAUGUGUGUCACAACUCUCAUUGCAACCAAUCAGAUUGUGGUGCUGAACUACUCACUGCGCAGCCCCAGCACUCACAUCAUGUCCCACACUGUCAAGCAUUUGUUCUUGGAAAUGGUGCCUCGUUUCUUAGGCAUGUCCCCGCUGGUGGAUGACAGUGAGGUGACAGCGGAGGUGAACGGACUGAAGGAGCGGCGACGCAGCUCUUUUGGCCUCAUGCAGAGAGCGGAGGAAUAUGUACUGAAACAACCUCGGAGUGAAAUGAUGUUUGACAAACAAAGAGAGAGGCAUGGCCUCACUCGAUCAAUUGUAAAUAACAUAGAUGUCAGCAGCACUGCAAACCUGUACAAGAGUUUGGCGCAGGCAGCACCUGAGAUUAAGCAGUGCGUGGACGCCUGCAACUUCAUUGCUGAGAGUAAAAGACAGCAAAAUGACAUUGGAUCUGAAAUCGAAAGCUGGGUUCUGAUAGGAAAGAUGAUCGACAAGGUGUGUUUCUGGGCAGCCAUUCUCCUCUUCAUCAUUGGCACUGUGGGGAUCUUCCUUACAGGACACUUCAACCAGGCGCCAGAAUUGCCAUUUCCUGGGGAGAACAAGAAAUAUGCUCCAAAUUCUUAAAAAAAAAAAAAAUUGCUGCUGUUGGAGUAUUUACAAGGUUCACUUUUCCUCAUGUUUUCUAUACGGUUAGCAGCACAGCUUGUGAACUCCCAGUCAUCAAUUCUGGGUUGUGUCAGGUUUGAUAGAUGUGUCAAAAAACACACUGAACACCUGUUAGGCAGGUGUUUUCUUCAUUACCUCUAAAUGUAGGAGAAAGAUGACAUUAUGAAAGUUUAGACUUCAGUUUUUUGUGUAUUUCAAAAAAAAAUGUGAAUGCUAUUUGAUCAAGCAAAUUUUAUUUCACGGAAGGAAAGAACUAUUUAAAUGGAGACUAUGUCUGAGGUUUAGCUGCCUUGUUUUAUAUGUGAUGAGCGAACGUUGCCUAAUUGUUCACUGUCUUAAAAGAAGAAAACCCCCAAAGAUCUGAAUAAAAAGACUUACUUGCCUUCUUGUUUAAUUAAUGAUCAUGUGUAAGGCGAAUGGAUAAGUAAAACACUCUUGAUAUUCUUUGUUUAUCAGUUAUUUUAUUUUGUCUAUCUUUCUAUGUGUAACACUGAACGAAAUAAAGUGCCUUUUAUUUUUGACAUAAAUGUCAAAUAUGACAUAUCAAAGCUA